UUGAGACACUAAAAAUGGCAGACAUUUCACCACCAUCAUUCUUUUCUCCCCUCCAACUGUUUGGUCUGCUAGCGGUUCUCGGAGCCAAAACCGGAAUCAAAGACCAAUGUGUUGAAUCCUUUGUUCAGACCCAACGGAGCAGGAAAAGAAAAAAAGGAGAAAAAAGGAAAAGAAAGAAAAAAAACACCAGAAACAGAGAAAAAGCCAGUCAUUGGUACCAAUCGAACCUUUUUGCUUUCCCCAUCAAUCAAAUAGUUCGAAUUUUUUCUGGAUUUUUUAAAAAAAAAAAAUUUCGAAAUCUGAAAUACCCAUAUCACAAAACCAGAAAAACCCACAAAAAACAAAACCCAGAUUUGAAAAUUUGUUUUUAGUUUUGUAUCGAUUCCCUCCACGUUCUUCUCUCUUCUGGGUUUGUUCCAUCCAGGAAUGGUUACUUCGCUCUGCUUUUGAAGCACGUACAUUGUCUGUAAAAGAGAUAAAGAGAGCAAAAGAGAGGGGGAUAGAGGGGUUUUGAUCUGGGAUUAAUGAGCCAAGAGGAAUGUGAGGAAGGUGAAGAGAUAGAGGUAGCUAACCAGAGGCUGGUUUUAGAGAGAUAAUGAGCAAAGAGUUCAGAUUCAUUUUGAAGGCCUGCAAAGCAACUGUGCGCAAAACACAUACUGGUGGAAAGAAAAGGGCCAACCCUUUAUUCACAACAAUGUCAGUAGCCCCUGCAGAUGAUGAGCCUGGUGAAAUCGGCCAUGCUGAGAAGGUCCUCUCCAAUGGUGACUUCUAUACAGGCCAUUGGGUUGAUAACUAUGCGCAUGGCCAAGGCAAGUACUUGUGGACAGAUGGGUGUAUGUAUGUUGGUGAAUGGCAGAAGGGCAAGACAGCAGGGAAAGGAAAGUUUAGUUGGCCUUCUGGUGCCACUUAUGAAGGUGAAUUCAAGAAUGGGUAUAUGGAUGGUAAAGGGACUUAUACAGGUGCUGCAGGAGACACUUACAGAGGUUCAUGGGUUAUGAAUUUGAGAUAUGGUCAAGGGACUAAGAGCUUUGUCAAUGGGGAUUACUAUGAGGGUGAAUGGCGCCGCGGAUUGCAGGACGGUCAAGGGCGGUAUCAAUGGAAAAAUGGGAACCAUUAUAUUGGUCAAUUGAGGCAUGGAAUGAUUCAUGGGAAUGGAACUAUGAUUUGGAGCAAUGGGAAUAGGUAUGAUGGAUCUUGGGAAGAAGGUUUACCUAAAGGAAACGGUACAUUUCGGUGGGCUGAUGGGAGUUUCUAUGUGGGGGUUUGGAGUAAGGACUCAAAAGAGCUAAACGGGACUUAUUACCCAGCAGGGUCCUCUGGUGGUAAUGUGGAUUGGGAUCCUCAGGAGGUGUUUGCAGUGGACUUGAAUGAUUGUAAGAUAUGUUCGGUUGAAACUAUUUCGACUUUCCCUUCACAGAAGAUGCUGAAUUGGCCUGGAAUGGAAGGGGAGUUCCCGAACAAGCAGGUUAUUUAUAAGAAUGGAAACGAAGGGAAUGCGAGGCCUAGGAGACCUGCAGAUGCGAGGGUGAGUAAUUAUAGUAGGGGAUCCAAUGGAGAUAACAUGUUUGAUGGAAUUGAUAGGAGUUCAAGAGAUGGUAGUGGAGCAUUUGGGAAUCUUGAGUUCGAAGGUUCGGUUGCCAAGGGGAAUAGACAACAGCACUUUAAAGUUCAGCCAAUGAAGAAACAAGGGAUAACAAUAUCCAAAGGGCAUAAGAACUAUGAACUUAUGCUUAAUCUGCAGUUGGGGAUCAGACAUUCUGUUGGACGGCCUGCUCCAACUACAUCUCUUGACCUGAAGACUUCAGCCUUUGAUCCAAGGGAAAAAGUAUGGACAAAAUUUCCCCCAGAAGGAUCCAAGUAUACUCCACCCCACCAGUCAUGUGACUUCAAAUGGAAGGAUUACUGUCCUGUGGUUUUCAGGACUCUCAGGAAAUUGUUUAAGGUAGAUCCAGCAGAUUACAUGAUAUCAAUAUGUGGAAAUGACGCCCUUCGAGAGCUCUCAUCCCCUGGAAAGAGCGGAAGCUUCUUUUACUUAACCAAUGAUGACCGGUACAUGAUAAAGACCAUGAAGAAGGCAGAAGUAAAAGUGCUUCUGAGAAUGCUUCCAGCUUACUAUAAUCAUGUUCGAGCCUUUGAGAAUACUCUGGUCACCAAAUUUUACGGUCUUCACUGUGUAAAAUUAACAGGGACUGCCCAAAAGAAGGUGCGAUUUGUCAUUAUGGGGAAUCUAUUUUGCUCCGAGUAUGCCAUUCAUAGGCGGUUUGAUUUAAAAGGCUCCUCCCUUGGCCGUACAACCGAUAAACCUGAGUCCGAAAUUGAUGCAACAACGACUCUUAAAGACCUUGAUCUUAAUUAUAUAUUUAGGUUGCAGAAGGUUUGGUUUCAAGAGUUCUGCAGGCAAGUGGACAGAGAUUGCGACUUUCUUGAACACGAAAGAAUAAUGGACUACAGUCUGCUGGUUGGCCUUCACUUCCAAGAAGCUUCACGCAGGGAACCCCCCACACCAGACCGAACCUCUGGAGUUCGCACUCCUACUGGAAAUGCCGACCCUGACAAUGAAGGGGCCCCUCGCCUUUCGAAAGUCGACAUGGAUAGGCUUAUUUCUGACUCGAACCGGUGGUCUUCGAUUAGAUUAGGUAUUAAUAUGCCUGCAUGGGCUGAAAGGACAGUGAGAAGAAGUGAUUGUGAGGCUCAGUUGGUUGGAGACCCAACAGGAGAGUUAUAUGAUGUCAUUCUGUUCUUCGGUAUAAUUGACAUACUACAGGACUAUGAUAUUAGCAAAAAGCUUGAGCAUGCAUACAAAUCAUUCCAAUAUGACCCAACUUCAAUCUCUGCUGUUGAUCCGAAGCAAUACUCAAGACGCUUUCGUGCUUUCAUCUUCAGAGUUUUUGUAGAAGACACAUGACAGUAUAAUUUGACCCGAGUUUUAACUUGAAGCUGGCAGUCAUCCCUGUAUAGUUGGUCUUUAGCGGAAAUGGCAAUGCUUACUAAAAGAAAGCAUCAGUUUGGUCAUUGACAUUGUCAUUGAGUUUGAGUAGUGGCUGCCAGGGGAGUAUGCUUUGGCAUAUCUGUUAUUGCAUUUAUUCCCCAGUGUCAUAACCUCUUUUAAUUUAUAGUCACAGAUAUACGAUGUGUUGUGGUUAGAGAUUAAAGUUGUGAACAGAGUUACUCAAGCCUUUUGGAAUUGUAAAUGAAAAAGAAAACCAAAAGGUGUGGACCUACAGUGGAUGUGAUUCAUUUUGUAUAAAAAUUUGUUCUUC